CUCUGUGUUGGCUGGCAGACGGAGGCGCAGCAUGGAGAGCCCCUCAGAGACGCCUCAAGCCGAGGCCUCGGCGCGCACCUUCUCCCAGGUGGUGUUCACCAACAUCCCGCACUCCUACUCGCCGUCCGUCGCAGCUACCUGCCACUACACCCUCACUGCAGGCUACCAGCCCCACCCGAGGGACUGGGUGGGCAUAUUUAAGGUGGGGUGGAGCACAACAAAAGAAUAUCAUACCUUUGUGUGGGCGGAGCACAGUCAGGACGGACAGGAGCCCAUGACGAACAUAGCUGUUUUUAAAGAUUACUACUUGCCAAAGGAUGAGACCGAGUUCUACCAGUUCUGUUACAUUGACAACAGUGGCCAAGUGCGAGGAGCCAGUACUCCCUUCUCCUUCAAAGGAGCGGCAGAGACAAACAUGGAGAGCAUCCCAGAUGACGACAUCCUGUUCAUCACCACACAGGAACAAGUGGAACAAAGUCUACAUGAGAAAACUGAACUGCAGAAAGAGCUGGACCGAAUAAAGGAGGAAUUUAAAACCUUAAAGCUAGCACUACAGAAGGAACAGCGGGACCUUGCCUGCUUGAAGGGGCAGAACGAGCAGAAGGAGAAGGACAAUGUCCUGCUGGUAAGAGAACUGGAUCAGAUCAAAGAACAAAAUGGAAUCUUAGUAAGCACUCUGCAGCUGAAACAGCAAGAAGUAGAGAACCUGAAGGUGGAGCUUUCAGUCCAAAAGAUAGCGCAGAUGGAUGCACAGCAACAGAGUAAAGCUGAGCUGAACAAACCAAACAGAAGCUCGAGCUUUGAUGAACCAACAAGUCCAAAUGAGACACACACCCAGGAAAAAUAUGAUCGAGCUGUGCUAAAGAUCAAACAGUUGAAACAGGAGCGUGAGGAGCUGAAGAGGAAGCUGGACGCACAAACCGACGAGAUUUUAUCGUUAGGGUCUAAGCUCAGAGAAGGAGAACGGGACCUGCUGAAAGCAAGAGACAGCGUCCAUCUGAUACAGGUUGACCUCCAGAGCAGUGAGAAAGAGAAGGAGAGGCUCUCUGCAGAACUGCAAAGGCUGCAGGAACUCUUACAAAAUGUGAAUGAAGUGAAGAGAGAGAACCAGGAGUUACACCAGAGGCUGUCGCAGCAGGAGGUGGUGCAGAACAGUCCAGACGGUGAACUAAAGGACUUGUAUGAGACUGUGGCCAGACAGCUGCAGGACACCCAGGGGAAGUUAGCGCAUGAAAAAGAGGAGUCUGUAAACUACAAGACACGAGCAGCGCUUCUUGACAAGGAGCUGCAGGGGGUCAAAAAGCAGCUGGACAGGGUCGCUGCUUCGCUGGAUCAGGAAAAACAGAAAAGCAGCAAAGUUGAGCUACAAUUCACGGAGGCUCGUGAAGCACUUGAUGAGCAAGACAACAAGAUACACGAGAAGGAGCACAUGAUCAGGCUUGUGUGUCGUGAGAAGGAAGAUCUCACCCGAGAAAACGAGAACUUGAAAAACGAUAUCGAGGGUCUGCGCAAAGUUUACGCCGACCUGCAGGAAGCGUCGCAGUACAUGCAGCCUGACACCACAUCAGCAGAUCGCAACAGCUCGACAAGUCAGCAGGACACACCUGAACAGGUGCAGCACGUGUAUGAGACGAUAGAUGACAAUCCAGUGACAGAGGAAGAGCCUAUCUUGGUGUGUCGUCACUGCCAGGAGAGCUUCCCCGGCAUCACCCACAUCGAGCUGGAGCAGCACGAGGGCAGUCACAGAGUGUGCCCCUUCUGCACCUUGAUGUGCGACAGCAUGGAGCAGUCGGUGUUUGAAGAUCACGUCUACAGCCAUGAGCUGUGAGAGUCCAGCUGUCUUAUUACAAUAUACAUGACAAGAGAUAAAGUCUUAUAAGUAAAUGUUCAUUAUGUGGAGGACUGAGGUGUUUUUGCUUGUUUAUGCUCAUUUACUGCAAAUAUAUUUUCCAAAUAAACAGUUGCUCGACCAGCUUUGCACAUCAGUAAACUCCCUGGGAAAACCCAGUUAAAGUAAAAAUAAAGUUAUAUUAAAUGUAUAUUUACCACAUUUAUUCAUAAACAGUAUAGUUUUGAGCUUCUCGAGUGUAACCAAGUUUUGCUGAUUUUAACAAGAAAGGUUAAGUGGACGAUAUGAGAUAGAGAAGUGUAAAAAGUGAAAAUGAAUUAAGUGAUUCUAUGUGCUGAUGUAAUAAAAAAAUAGCUCAACUAGAAAAAUG